AUGGAUACCCCAUUAGGGCGAUUACGAGAAAUGUUCGCAGGGCGCGAUGCUGAGAGCAUAGCACGGGCCUUACGACAAGCACAAGGAGACGUCGAGGCAGCUACCGAGAUGAUUCUUGCUGAAAUGGAUGAAGAGGAAUCAGUGCGAUUACUCGAGCAACAGGAACAGGAAGUAGAACAACGACAACGGCAGCGACGACAGCAGCAACAUCAUGACCGGACUCCCGCUCCCCUUGUUCUCAAACCAGGUGCUCUAGCAGCGAACCCCCCUAUAUUACGUCCGCAGCUCCUCUCGCCCUCCUCAUCGGCUGAUUCAUUCGGUGCACUGACAAUAUCAGAUCAUGAUGAUGAUGCAGUAGACAACGAUUGGGACGACUAUGACGAUACUGAUGGAGAAGAUGUGCCUGAUAUACUCAUUGAGCAGCACCGCCGUCACCAGCCCCAACCACAACUUCAACCUCCACUGGAGGAGGAUCCUCUGCCACCCAACCAUCAAGUCGACGAGUAUCUAGCUGGUGUGCUCACAAUAUUUCCCGACGCAUGCCCGGAACAUAUACAUAAGCUCUAUAAAGAGAACGCCGCUUUACAGGGCCCAAGAAUUACGGAUUUUAUAGCAAAUAAGUUAGCCGAAGACGGAUAUCCGCGUAUUGAGCAGGAGCCAAAGCCGGGGCUUAAAAGGAAACGCUCAGUGGCAGAGGAGGAGAUUGAGAAAAACUACGAGGCUGAAGAUAGAGAGAGAGAGACAAACCCCGAGUACUCAGAUUUGGUGUAA